UGAAAGUGGUGUCACUGGGUGUGCAUUCUAGUGGGCUAUUCCACUCUUGCGUGUUGGUGUUCAGCAAUUACUCGGGGUGUGGAGUUUGGAAGAUAGGUAUCAUCUGGGAAAAUGGUGAAGUCAUGCUGUUGUGGGUGUUUGAGCCUUAGAAGUGGCAGCAUGACCAUUGCAUUGUUACGGCUGAUUAACGACUGCAUCUGUUUCAUCUCCAUCCUGGCUUCUGUGAGUGCAAUGGAUACCAUUACGUUCUCCCUAUGGAAUUACGGGUCCGAAAAAACGUUCGCCAGAGUGCUCAUUGGCCUGACGUGCUACUUCUUUGCGAUGGUCGUCGUUGAUUCGUUGCUCGUCCAUGGCAUUCGCAAGAGGAAGCGGGUCCUCAUGAUCCCAUGGCUCUGCAUGGCCCUCCUGGAGCUCGUCCUCGCGCUCCUGCUCUUCAUCAUGGUGUUCGUCGUGGCGACGCAGGUCAUCGGCGAGGCCGUCUUCCUCGUUAUCAUGUUCGUCAGCUUCAUCGCUUUCUUUGCCAUCCCCGUCCACUUCUUUGAUGUCGUCUAUUUCUAUUUCAAGGAGCUCGGAGUUGAGGGAGAGUCUCAAGGUCAAUCCAUGCAGCCCUUCUACGGAUUAGGGCCAAGUCCCUCGCAUUUCCCCGGAGCAAGCCAGUAUUUCCAGAAUUUCCAAAGACAGGGCCAAUAUUUACAACGUUUCCCUGCCGGACAACAAUACCAGAACUUCCCUGGACAAUACCUCGGGGUCCAGAACCUGCCCAGAGGAGGCAACCCGAGCCAGUAUUUCCCGGAGGAAGGCCAGCGAUUCCAGCGUUUCCCCGAUGGAGGCCAGCGUUUCCCCGAUGGAGGCCAGCGUUUCCCCGAUGGAGGCCAGCGUUUCCCCGAUGGAGGCCAGCGCUUCCAGCGUUUCCCUGAUGGAGGCCAGCGCUUCCAGAACCACCCAGGAUAUUUCCAGCCGGGUGGUUUAAAUCCUUAUGCUCAGAAGGAGAGAUAUUGA